CUUAUUUUAUGUUAAAACACAGUAAUCUAAUUAUUAUUACUAUAGUAAAUUUAUAUUGAAAUAUAUGAUUAAAAUUCUUUAAAAUAGAAGUUCAAUUCGAUAUGUAAUGAUUUAAUAAAGUAACUUAAUACAUGAAAUUAUAAAAUAGAUGAACUUGUAUUGUACUUCAAUCAGUUUUUAAUAUAGUAUUAUUUAUAAUUAAAAUGGAUAUACCAGUGCAAAUUGCAGUUAGAUUGAAACCUCCCAGCCUUGAAGACUCUACUCAAUGUAUUUUCAGUAAUCCGGUGACACAAAUAGUUAUAACCGAAAGCGGCCAAACAUUUCAUGUUAAUAGAGCAUUACCAGUGGACUGCACACAAGCUUAUUUGUUUAGUUCGUUUAUGAUUCCUCAAAUAAAUUGUUUCUUGGAUGGCUGCGACACAUCUGUUGUUGUAUUUGGACAGCCUAAAACUGGAAAAACUUAUACAUUGUUUGGUUCAGGUUUUGAAUGUAUACAUAGUGAAUGUGAUCAAGGCAUUGUCCCACGAUUUCUAACUGAAAUAUUUCACAAACUCAAUCAAAUGCCUGAAAGAGAGUUCAUACUGCAUAUAACAUGGAUGCAAGUUGUUAAUAAUAAUAUUUUUGAUGUACUCGGGGCAGGAUUGGUCCGAUGUUGUAAUGUUGAAGAAGCCUUUCAGUAUUUACAAAUGGGGUGGCGGCAGAGAUGUCAAGGGAAUAAUCACACUGUGUUCACUGUUAGUAUGGAACAAAAAUGGGUAGGUGGUAAUGGUGUGCUUAAUCACAGGAUGUCCACUGCCAGUUUCUGUGAUUUAGCUGCAUAUCCUGAGCCAGGGUUAUUUGUUCUUGAAAACAUUAUUAAGGAGUUACUUGCAGGAAACCCUCCUAAGCACAUAAAUUAUGAUCAAUGCAUACUCACUGCAAUGCUACGUGAUUCUUUUGGUGGCAGAGCAUUCACAUGGGUCAUAGGCUGCAUAAGUACUGAACCAGAAGAUUAUCAAGACACAUUAAAAAUACUAAACUUAUGCUUAUGUUGUCGUGGUAUAAAGAAUUUUGUUACAGUUAAUUUAUUUGCAGACAAUAAUACACCUGUCUAUACUGAAAAGACAAUAUUACAACCUGCAGAUAACAACUUUAACAUUCAAUUUGCUACAACUCAGUGGUUAAAGCUAGUUUCUAAUGCUGAAGGUCUUUUUAAUAAAAUUCUACAAUCUAAAUCAUUGUCUGAUGCUGAUAUGAAUCAAGUUAGUGAAUGGCUAUUUUUGAAGGCUGAAUGUGAUGAAUGUUUAAGUGGGGAUGUUGGUACUGAUAAUAAAGAAAAUGGAUUAAAGCAAGGUUUACCUAGAAUAGCUGAGGACACUGAACCCAGUGAGCUCAGUGAAUCAGAUGUUGAAUCUGAUUCUGAAGAAGAUAGUCAUUCUGAAACUAUAUUCCAAGAUAAACUUGAAAAAUAUAUGGAAUAUUUCAGAGAAAAGAAUGACCAAUUGUUUGCAGAAAGAUGUGAAGAAUAUUUAAAUCAUAUUGACUCUGAUGAUAUUACUUUAUCAGAAACUAGUGGUUCACAAUCAUUACCUACAUUGACAUCUCAAUCAAAUUCCGGGCGCAGGAGAACAAUACAACCUGGCGAAAGUUUAUCUGGUGCAGAAUUAGAAUUAUUAAGAAAGGUUGCAGCCAAAGCAAUAUCACCUGAAUCUCAGAAAAUUAUUAUGGAAUCUCAUAAAAAGGAUUUGGAUCCGGAACCAAAAUUAAUAGAAAGAGAACUUCUUAAAAUGAUAGAUUCUCCAAAGACUGAAGAAAUUUGUAAGAAGUACAGAGUUACUAAAGAAAAAUAUACUCAAAAACAAAUAUUAGCAAGAAAAUUGUCUAAAGAAAUUAGUUCUAGCCAAUCUCAGCUGAAAGAACUUAUAAAUCUUUGUAUAGCUAAGGAGAGAUUGAUACAUGAUUUAUCAAAAGGAGUUUGCCAUAAUAGUGCAAAUAAACAAUACUCAGACAAAGUAGAAAAUAGUGUUAUGGAUUAUGAUAUGGUUAAAGAAAUAAGGAGACAUGAAACAAAUCUUAAGACUUACAAAAAGCAAAUUGAACAAAUAAAAAGACAAAUCCGUAAAGAUGAGAAACGUAAAAAUACUUUAGAUGUAGAAAUUGUGAAAGACAAACUAAAAUUGGAUGAACUAUCUGAAACAUCUAUAGAUGUAAAGGAUAAAAAAACUAAUUCAAUAAAACACUUUACUCAUAGAAUUACACAACUAGAUAGUAUUUUGAAAGAGAAAACUAAUGAUUUAGAGAGUUUAGAAUUAACAAAAGACAAGGAAUUAAUGUUAAGGAAAGAAAUAAAAAAUCUACGAAAAACUAGGGAAUGUCUACAUGACCAGCGAUGUAGUUUAGGUCACAAAAGAAAAAUAUACAAGUCACUUUCUGAUUCUGAGGAACGCAAACUUUUAGAAUGUGAAGAGGCUAUUGAAGCAAUUGAUACAGCAAUAGAGUACAAGAAUAAUUUAAUAUGUGGCAAAUCACCAUCUGCAUCCUUAUCAGAUUCCCAAGAUAAUAGGGACAAUAGAACCCGGGGAGAACAAAUGCUAAUGGCGAGGCUAGAUAAACUGUCACAUGAUGAAAUGAAAACUCUUCUGUAUAGAUAUUUCCAAAAGGUGGUGGAUCUGCGUGGCGCAUGCGCAGCGUUGGAGGCGGGUGCAACGGCAGCGGCGGAAGAGGCGGCUGCGUGGCGAGCACGCGCCACCGCUGCCUGGCGACACGCACAGAGAUCACGACCACACGCGCAAGCCCGGCAUUUCCAAUCGAUUCACAAAUAUGUGGAUGGUGGGAAUAUGGAAAGAGCUUUAUCAUUGGGUAUGACAACAGAUUCAGAAACAUCAGACGAUGCCAUGCGAUUAGUCGAUCGUAUGAAGCAACUAGCUAGAUGUCCACCGCCUCCCAUAAUACCUAGUCAAAAUUUGAGACAGCUUAUGCCAGCAACGAACAUACCAGUAGCUAAAGUAACUAAAGAAAAGAAUAAACUCGUCAUCAUACAACAACAAAACAAAAGACACUGAU